CUGAAGAAACAUAUUUUUGCCCUCCUUUAACAGAGAUUGAAUUAAUCAUUUUUUUUGAAACCAUCGUUGUCUUACAAUGUUAUCAGUGAUUAAAGACAAAGAAUAUUUUGCUCUCUACACUCUUUUUUCUUUUUUUACUGGUUAAGCACAGUGAGGAAGGGAGGGUCGCCUCUGUAUCUGCAUCCGCCUGAAACCAGCAGUGAAUUAAAUUCCCAUCUCAUUCAAAGCCUUCUUUUCAAGAAACAUUAAAAUAAAAUUUCUGUAUCAGAGACUGUGUGGUGUGAAACUGUGACUGUGAUGGUGUCCAUAAUAAUUUCAUACACAGUUCCAGUUUGUGGAUUUGACUUCUCUUACCAAUCUAAGUUCUAAGUUCUAACUUCUUACCACAAAGCUUCUGCCUUUUUUGGGGGAAAUAGAAAGAAAGAGGGAGAGAGACCAAACAGAAAGAGCACCCUCCCUAGUCCCUCCCUCCUUCAUUUUGUCCUUUUUGUUUUUCCUUUCUAUCCAGUCAUUCAAUUUCUCAUCUUCUUGCUUCUUGUUCACAUCUUACCCAAAGAAUCCAUUUUGUUCCUGCCUUUCUUUCUCGCACUUAUUAGAGAGGCUCAAGGGGGUUCUUGCUCUAUCAUGGUAUUUGCUUGGCUAACUCACUAACUCACUCUCUCUUGUGGUUAAAAAAGCUUGGUAGGUAGGUGAGUUGCUGGUCCUGCAGCUUAUCUCUUCCCUUUUCACCAUUUUCAAGUUUACCUCUCUCUGUCUCUCUAAUCCUCACCUUUUGCCUGCCUUUUCUGCUUGCCUUUUUGCCCCCCUGAUUUGCAGAACCUCAAAUCCCAGCACCAAAGGAAGCCAAGGCUAAGGAAGAGAGAAGCAGAGACAACUUUUCUUUUCUUGAGUAAGAGACAUGAACUAUAUCUUUCUUCCUUCAUUCACCUUCCAGAUUUAUGCUCAGGAACACCACAAAAGUACAGUUUUUUGUUCUUCUUCUAAUCUCUCUUGUCCAUUUAGAAAAACUUGAGCUGCGGAAGACCACAAAAGUAGAGUCUUUUUCUUUAAUAUUUUAUAUUCUGUAUCUCCUGAUGACUGUAUUUGCGUUGGAUGUGGUUGAUAGCUGUUCCUAGGUUGUCUAAAUCUGUUCCUCAUUUUGGCAAUUUCUCUUUAUUUAUUCAUUUUUUUGACAAGGAUAUUGUAUCUGUAUCUCUCUAAGCUCAAACCCAUUUCGCAAUUUCUCCUUGCGCAGCAGCAGGGAUAACAUAUGGUUUCGUAAUCUGCUCUAUAGUGUUCUAAUUUGUGGGCUUCCUUGAUUUUUUUCUUCCCUUUGAAUCUAAGAAGGAGAGAUCGUUCCCUUCCACUUUCCUGGUAAUUGGGUAUAACGAUUGCAGUUGUGGGUUCAGCGACUGAGGGAGGAAUGUUCCUCCAUUUCCUUUACUAGUUGUUGGGCUGCUGUAAAUUUUGGCAGAUUCAGUCUUGUUUCGUAUUUUCGUUGGUUCCCCCUUCCCGCACUCUAUUCUUCUUUUGGUGGGUUCUUGCUGUGGCUGCCGACUUCAUCGAGAACUUUGUUAUCAUCGAAAUGGGUAUUUGCCUCAAUUGAAAUUCCUUUCUCCACUAUGGAGAUUUGAAUUUUUUGCUCUCCUUUUAAGUCUCAAUUCCUUCUGCUCUUUCUCCCCCCACCAAUUUGAUAUUUCUCCGUCUCUCGCUCCUUACUACUUCCUUCCCCCUUCUCUCUCGCCAUCCGUCUCUCCCCACCACCGCAUCCACCUUUCGGUAACUUCUUUUCCCUUCUGAAUCCACAUCUGUUUGUUGAUCGUUCAUUCUCUUUGUUUUCAUUUUCUGCAUCAGAAGGGAAAUGCGGUUUGAUUCUGAGUGGAGUUAUAGGAUCUGCGCUGUAGAUUUCCCACUUUUCUUUACCAUUCGAGUUGUUGCGUUUCUUCUGAACAUUUCCCCUAAAGCUGAAUUCUUUUGUGGGGUUUCUUUGGAAUGUAGAGCGUAUUUGUUUGUCCAUGGAGGAAGGAAGUGAUUACAGGCCGUGGGACGAGCUGAUACCAGAUGCCCUUGGUCUCAUCUUCAGCAAGUUGUGUUUACGUGAUAUAUUGACAGUAGUCCCCAUGGUAUGCAAAUCAUGGAGCAGGGCAGUUUUAGGUCCCUAUUGUUGGCAGGAGGUCGACAUUGAAGAAUGGAGUGAAGUAUGCUUGCCGGAACAACUCGAUCGUAUGCUCCAAAUGCUGAUCACUCGGAGCUCUGGUUCCCUCCGCAAGCUCUCUGUCACCAGACUACGCAACGACGAGAUGUUCCCUUUUCUCGCUGAUCAUGCCGGUUCCCUUCAGACACUUAAGCUGCCAAGAAGCGCGAUUAGCGGCUCCAUAAUUGAACAGAUGUCUGGAAAGCUCUCAAAUCUCACUUUCCUGGACUUGAGCUACUGCAGCAAAAUUGAUGCUCGUGCCCUCGAGCUCGUUGGAAACAAGUGUAAACACCUCGAGGUACUUUUCCGGAACAUGCAUCCACUGGACAAAGCUGAUAAGGAGGCGCAAGAAGACGAGGCCCAUGCGAUCGCCACCACGAUGCCCAACCUAAAGCACUUGGAGAUGGCGUACCACCAGGUCAGCACCGAGAACAUUCUGAGGAUCUUAUCAACCUGCACCAGUCUGGUGCACAUUGAUUUGAGAGGGUGUUGGGACGUGGAGCUCGACGACAAGUUCCUGCUUGAGAAAUUCCCGAAACUGAAGGUGUUGGGUCCGCUCGUGAUGGACUAUUACCAGAUGAAUAACUCGGAGGAGGACGAGUGCUUAGAGUUCUCGGAUUCUUCGGAGGAGGACCUGGCGUGGGCAUUCGUACACGGUGAGAUGGGGGGUUAUGAUUAUGAGAGUUAUGAUGAAAUGUGGGAUGAUGAUGAAGGCAGGCUGGAGGAGUUGGAGGUCAGGUUCUAUGAAGGGAUUCAGGAUGCUGGAUUGUAUGGUUGGCCUCCAUCCCCUUAGCAGUAUGUGAUUGAUUAUAGCUUUGCUUGCUAGGUCAAUUGUGCUAUGUUUUGUGUAAACUUUAUAAUCUGUGCUAUCUGUGGAAACCUAGAAAAUGGCAUAAUGUCCCUUGUAGAAGUUCUUGCGUCAUAAACCCAUGGAUACUAGCAAUAUAAGGCCCUGUUCACUUUUAUUUUCGUUUCCUGUUUUCUGUUUUCAUGUCAUAAAUUUGGCAACCGAAACGAGAAAACUUGUUUACUUUUCAUUCUGUUUUCUAUUCGUUUCCAACUAUGAAAACAGAAAGUGGCAACUCCCUGCUGUUUUCGGAAACGACAAAAUGUUGUUUUCACCUGUUUUCAUUAUCUGUUUUCUCAAAAACAGAAAACAGAAAUGAAAGUAAAUAGGUGUC